AGAUUUCACACACAAAUUCAUGUGUGCUCAUGAUUAGUGAAUGAGACCCAAUGUUUGUCCAAAGCAACAUCUAAAACAAGAAGACAGACACAGAAGACUGCUGUUUUGUGUAUUUCUCCGCUCAGUAUACGGGUAGGUCGGCCGUGCACCUGAAGCGGGAUUUCUUCCUCAGUCACGCGUCCAGCGCUCGCUCUGAGCUCUUCAUCAACCUGCGGGAGGUGAGCUCGCGCUUCCGUCUGCCGGCCGGCGAGUACAUCAUCGUGCCGUCCACCUUCGAGCCAAACAAAGAGGGAGACUUCGUGCUCAGAGUUUUCUCAGAGAAACCAGCCAACUCAGAAGAAAUGGAUGAUAAAGUCACGGCUGAUAUUCCCGAGGAGCAACAUCUGCACGAGAGUCAGAUUGAUGCCGGCUUUAAGAGUCUCUUCAGACAGCUGGCUGGACCGGACAUGGAAAUCAGUGUGACGGAGCUGCAGACCAUCCUGAACCGAAUCAUCUCCAAACAUAAAGAUUUAAAGACAGACGGCUUCGGGAAGGAAUCCUGUCGGAGCAUGAUCAACCUCAUGGAUGCGGACGGCAGCGGGAAGCUCGGACUCACAGAGUUUCAUGUGUUGUGGGAAAAGAUUAAACGCUACCUGCAAAUCUUCCGAGACCACGACCUGGAUAAAUCCGGCACCAUGAGCUCGUACGAGAUGAGGAGAGCCCUGGAAGCAGCAGGGUUUAAGCUGAACAACCAUUUAUUCCAGCUGAUCAUCCUGCGCUACACGGAGCAAGACCUCUCUGUGGACUUCGACAACUUCGUCACCUGUUUAGUGCGACUGGAGACCAUGUUCAAGACCUUCAAAACGAUGGACACGGACGCAGACGGAGUCGUGUCGCUCACAUUCUUCGAGUGGAUCUCUCUGACCAUGUUUGCCUGAAAUGGACACAUAUCUCCACCCUUUGUCUGCACUGAGACGUCUAAAAAGUGCCUUCAUUUCUACACAUCUUCAACGCACUUCUAAUGGACAGACAGCCUUAAGUCACGAAGCCCUGUUUACAUAGACUUUAAUCAGAACGUGGACAAUACAGUGCCAAUCGUGAGUGUUUCUGAAGCCAAGAGAAACUCUAUCACACCAUUUACAGCAUGUUUUACUCAUUCUGGAUCGAGCUGCAUGCGUUUUUCAGAUAAAACUCGUUUACACUUUAUGUGCCAAAUCAAUCAUCGCCAAUUUCAAUCAUUCUCAGCCGUUUUUAAUCAAUGUUUUAUGAUCUUGAGCUGCAGAUUCUUUCAGUGAUGUCAUAUCUGAAUGUUGUACACAUAAAGAAUGCUGUAUUAGAAACACAUGUGUACAUUUGAGCCCAGCUUUACUUACAGAAAGUGUUUGUUUGGACUGAAGGUCAUGCAGCUGUUUUAUGGGACAAACCAAAGGAUCUUUUAUCAAGCUGAAAGCGACAUGCGUUUUUUUUUUUAUAUACAUUACUUAAGUUCUGUUUAUAUGAGCAAUGCAAAACCUCUAUUCAAUACAACAGGAGCAACAGAACUGGGAACAGAUCGAAUCUGAUAUACAGAACCACGAGAUUAAACUCAACUUCUUUUUUUAUAAUACAACGAUGAAAAGGUGGAGGAAACUCUCUUUUUUUUAAUGCCAAUCAGCAGGUUUUACAAAAUAUUUUUUUCCUUUGUCGAUUCAUUUUUGUGGGUUUUCUUUUCAAUAAACUUUCUUUUGAAAAAAAAAAAAA